UAUACAAUCUGUGGCAGCUCUUUAAGUAGGGGUAGUGGGGGAACGCUGUUUUCGAAUACUAGCACGAGGCGAGUAAGUUAAACACCUGAUUUAAAAAAUCAUCGAGAUAGAGGAUUAGCGCUGAAUAUAAACCAGUGAGGAUGAUAAAAAAAAUAACAUUCACAAUUUCCGAGCGUCUCCCUAAACCUCGCAAAUUUUAUGAAGGAACAGGAGUAAUACUCUUUUUCGUAAGGAACCGUUGCUUCUGGUGAAAUUAUAUUGUUUAUGCUUUAAUACUAGCUGUUAUCACUGGAAAUUCAAAAUGGUGGCUGUUGAUGAACGAUUUAUGUCGGAUAUCCGGAUUUUAAAGUAAAAAUAGUAUCAAUAGGUGAUUCAAUUUACCAUAAUUAUGAAAAUUCGAUUGAAAAGUGUGUCUCCUGUCGAAAAACUCUGAUGGUGUAUCAGGAUUAUAUGUAAAAAAUAAAAAAUAAUACUAUUGGGACGUCCUAUAUAUACUACUUUAAGAAUUAGAAUUCGAGCAUUACAAAUCAUUAAAAAAUUAAGAAAAAUGGAAAGCGUGCAGUUGAACAACGUUACAGACACAGUUGAAUCGGAGGUCGAAUCGAGUAAUAUUGAAGGAGAAAUGGAAAAUUCAGUAACAGAAAUCACUAAUUUAAACAUUAUGUCUCGGUUGAGUCUGACAACGAACGAUGAGUACGAAGAACCACGUACAAAUGGUAUGGCUCGUCAAGGUCAUAUUAAUGAAGAAGAGGAAGCAAAAACGUUGUCUCCGGAAAAUAGUGACAAUAACAUUCAAUACGUUAGCUACACAAGUGAAUUGCAAAUGCCCCAUAUUAUGCACUUGAUACAAAAGGAUUUAAGCGAACCAUAUUCCAUUUACACAUAUAGAUACUUUAUUUAUAAUUGGCCUAAAUUAUGUUUUUUGGCGAUGCAUGGUGACAAGUGUAUCGGUGCCAUUGUCUGCAAGUUGGAUAUCCAUAGAGAGGUAAUAAAACGUGGAUACAUUGCUAUGUUAGCUGUUGACGUGAAAUAUCGAAAACGGAAAGUUGGAUCAAAUUUGGUAAGGAGAGCGAUACAAGCAAUGAUGGAAGAUAAUGCAGACGAGGUAGUUUUGGAAACUGAGAUCACUAAUCGUCCAGCGCUACGUUUGUACGAAAAUUUAGGCUUUGUACGUGAUAAACGAUUAUUUCGGUAUUACCUAAAUGGUGUGGAUGCUCUGCGAUUAAAAUUGUGGCUUAGAUGAAAUUCGCUUGUAUAUUUAUAUCAAUAAACAUUUUAAUAAUUUUAACAUUGAACAAAAGAGAAAACAAAGAAAGGUAGGGAGGAGCUAGAGUAACUAAAAGAGGGGUGUGUAUGCGUGGGUGCGUGUGUGAGUGAGGGAGAGAGCGAGAGAGCGAGUGUAAGUGUGCUAAUGUUAGAGGGAGGUCCAUGCAAUUGUACGCGCACAAUACAUUUGCAACACGAGUAAUUUAGAAAGUAUACUUAAUAAUUCAGAUUCCUUUGUUAGAAUGAUUCGUUUUACAUUAUUCAUACCUUAAACGUAAACGUCGUCAGAUCAUAAAAAUACGAUUGAUUUUGUUUAUCCUUAGUAAUUAUUACAGAAUUUAUUAAAGAACAUUUCCUUUGAUAUUAGUCUAUCAUUCAUAGUUGAUUACAGAUUAUGACGAUAAAUUAGUGAAAUUAUCGCAUAUUUUCAUUGCUUUACAAGAACGUAAGUUUUGAUGCGAUGUAACAGUCAAAUGCACGUGUACAUAUACGCAAACACUGUAAUCAACUCGAAUAUAAACCUAAUUUCAGAAACUCGACUAAAAUGUUUAAGUACUAAUAUUUAUAUGUAUGCGUUUGUAUAUAUUAACAAAAUAUCAACAGAUAUUUAUUGUAUCGGUUACAUGCGUAUUUUUAAUCAUGUUAUGAUGAUGAUAAUCGGGCGUGUGUCAAGUAAAGAUAUGUGUACAUACCAGAAUAUGGACACGAAUACGGACAUAAACACGAGUCAUUGAGACUCGGAAGUGAACAGGAAAGAAAGAAAGAGAGUUAUUGUUUACCGAAUAAAGAUGUUUUGAAGAGAAUACGUCGCACACGUAGUCGUAUUCAUUGCUGUUAAAGUACAUAUUGUAUUUAUCUUUGUAUAAAAGAAAGGCGGAUUUCAAUCUGCUAUGUAACUAUUCAAAUGUGUAAAAAUGUUAAUAAAAAUACCAACAUGUUUUUAG